AUGGCUCCCAAGACGGUGCUGAUCACCGGCUGCUCCUCGGGCAUCGGGCUGGCCCUGGCCGUGCGGCUGGCACGGGACAAGCAGCGCCGCUUCCAAGUGAUCGCCACCAUGAGGAACGUGGGCCGGAGCGCGGCGUUGGCGGCGGCGGCGGGGCCGGCGCUGGGCCGGACGCUGGAGAUCAAACAGCUGGACGUGUGUGACGAGGGCUCCAUCCGAGCCUGCCUCGACAGCAUCCCCGGGCGCCACGUGGAUGUCCUGGUCAGCAAUGCCGGGGUGGGCAUGGCGGGCCCGCUGGAGUGCCAGAGCGUGGCGGCCAUGCAGAGUCUCAUGGACACCAACUUCUUCGGCCUCGUCCGCCUCGUCAAGGAGGUGCUGCCCGACAUGAAGCGGCGCCGCGGGGGCCACAUCGUCGUCAUCAGCAGCAUCAUGGGCCUGCAGGGUAUGGGGGCACGGGGCACCCUAGGGGGGGCCACACCCCCCCUGAGCCCUAACCGGGACCCCCCCCCAACCCACCCAGGCAUCGUCUUCAACGACAUCUACUCGGCCUCCAAGUUCGCCGUGGAGGGUUUCUGCGAGAGCCUGGUGGUGCAGGCGCUGCGCUUCAACGUGGCGAUCAGCCUGGUGGAGCCGGGGCCGGUGGUGACGGAGUUCGAGACGAAGCUGUACGAGGAGGCCGAACGCGCCGACUACUCCCGGACGGACCCCGAGACGGCCAAAAUCUUCACCGACCUCUACCUGAGGAACUCCAGGGAUGUGUUUGCCAGCCUGGGCCAGACCCCCGAGGACAUCGCUGAGCACACCCUGCGGGUGAUCGAGGCGGCCCGGCCGCCGUUCCGGCACCAGACGAACGCGGCGUACACACCCAUGGCCGCCCUCAAACACGCCGACCCCAGCGGCGCCCUGGUCACCGACGCCUUCUACAAGCUGGUGUUCAAGUACGACGCGGUGCUGCGCUUCGGGCUCCGCGCCAUCCGCCUGCUCCGCUGGAAGUCACGCAAGGUCAAGGCGGGCGUGCGGCUCCUGGGCUUCAAAUAA